AUGCAACAACAACAAAUUCAUUCUCAAUCCCUCAUGAAUAUUAAUAAUAAUCAAUCAAUUCUUCCAAUUGAUACAUUAGCAAUUAUUCUUGACUUUCUUUCUACAUCAAAAACAACAUUAUAUUCAUGUUUAUUAGUGAAUAGGUUAUGGUGUAGAUUAGUUAUCCCACAUCUUUGGUCAGAUCCAUUUUCGUUAUCAAUAUGUGAUUAUGCAUCAUCUUCCAUAGAAAAGAAUUCAAUGUUGAUCAUUGAAACUUAUAUUAAUUGUUUGAACAAAGAUGAAAAGCAACGAUUUGUGGAAGAAGGAAUUAUUAUUAAUUAUAAUAAUAAUGAGAAGAAACCAUUAUUCGAUUACCCAAGAUAUUUGAAAUAUUUUGACUCAAAUUUAAUAUUCAAACAAACAAUUGGAAUUAAAACUUUAUGUUAUAGAAAUAUUAAUGAAAUAAAUCUUAAAUCAAUGGAUAUUUCUAAUUUCACUAAUACAUCCAAAGCAUUAUUUAAAUUAGAGAAUUUAGAUAUAGUUUAUUAUCCAAGCAAUAAAUAUAUUACUUAUAAUCAUAAUAAAAAAUCAUCACAAUUUCUGUACACAAUUUCACUUUCACUCUCACCUUCAUCGUCAUCUCCUAUAGUUGUUGAAAGAAUAUUUUCAUUUAUAAAAUCACAACGACAUCUUCAAUAUUUAAGUAUCAAUGAAUUCUUUCCUAUUAAUUAUUAUAAAGAAUUCUGUGAUGUAUUAAAUUCUCAAGCAAAUUCAUUAAAAUAUGUUAAAUUAUCUGAAUUCAAUUUUUUUCCUUAUGAAUUAGAAAGCAUAUUAAUUAAUAGUUGUAAUUUAAUUGGAUUAGAAAUUUGUGAACAUUUAGUUCUAAGGUUAAAUACCAAUAAUAUUGAUUCAAAUAUUGAAAUAAUAGAUAAUAUUAGAGAUAUAUUGGAUUCAUUACCAUCAAGUGUAAAUCAUAUUGGAUUAGAAAUGAAUUUUGGAUCAAUAAGAGAUUUAUGUGUUAUAUUAAAUGGUUGUAGGAGUGAAAUGUAG